GUAGGAUUUUUUUUUUUUUUUUUUUUUUGCAUUUUGUCCAGAAAGGGGAAAUCAAUAUAACCUCUUCUCUAGGAGGGAGGUGGUUGGUCUGGCCUUAAGCGGGGUUAGAAGAUCAUUUCACUCUAAAGCAGGUGUCUGGGCUGGGUUAAUUCCAGCCUGGGUCAAGUAAUUGAUCACCAGAUGUUUUUUCGGUUUGUGUGCUCUCUUGUGGUUGUGUGGCUGAUUUCUGCUUCAGACGCAGAGAGCUGUUCGGAACCUCCCCCAGUGGACAAUAGCAUAUUUGUUGCAAAGGAGGUAGAAGGACAGAUUCUGGGGACUUACCUUUGUAUUAAGGGCUACCACUUGGUGGGAGAGAAAACCCUUUCUUGCAAUGCCUCUAAGGAAUGGAAUGGCCCCACUGCUAAAUGCCGCUUGGGCCACUGUCCUGACCCUGUGCUGGUAAACGGUGAGUUCAAUUCUUCGGGGCCUGUGAAUGUAACUGACAAAAUCACGUUUAAGUGCAAUGACGACUACAUCCUCAAGGGCAGCAAUUGGAGCCAGUGUCUAGAGGACCACACCUGGAAACCUCCCUUUCCCAUCUGCAAAAGUAGAGACUGCGGCCCUCCUGGGAAUCCACCUCACGGCUAUUUCAAAGGAAAUGAUUUCACUAGAGGAUCUACCAUUACUUACUACUGUGAAGAGGGGUACCACUUAGUAGGCACGCAGGCCCAGCGUUGCGUGGACGGGGAGUGGAGCAGCGCACUUCCAUCCUGUGAAGCUCCGCGGACCGAGUUGGAGAAGGCAUUUCUUGCCUUUCAGGAGAGUAAGGACCUUUGCAAAGCUGCAGAAAACUUCAUGCAACAAUUAAAGAAAUGUAACUUGACAAUGGAAGAACUAAAAUAUUCUCUGGAAUGGAAGAAAGCUGAGUUGAAGGGAAAAAUGUCACAUUGUAGCUGAACAGACUGGGACGAAGUUUACCUCUCCCUCUCUUUCCUGAUAAGAACGACACUGGAGCUGAAGGAUGGAUGUGACUGGGGCAGGAAUCAUAGGAGCUGGUUGUUUGAAAAAGAAUUAAUUACAAGCAGCUGUU